UCACUUUGUAAAAACAGAGAAAGAGUGAAGCCACAAAUAAAACUUUAUUCACCAAUUGUUUCUUCAGGUGGAGAUGGAUUCCAAACCGGCGUCUGCGUUUCUGGUGAUGCAGUGACGACGGAGCACCGGCUGCUCAGCCGAAACUUCCAGAGGUUCUUUAGAAGGCAGGGGGCGGAGUCAGACCUCACACUGAGAGUGGUUGACACGCCCCCUAUGCUGUUGCCACGCCCACAUAGCGUGCACGAGCUCUGCCCCGAGGGUGUGCAUGUACUCGUAUUCGUUGCGAGAGCCGACCUGCCGCACCACAGCACGCGACUGGAGGAGCAGGUGGAGACUCUCUUCGGUCCUGGAUGGCGUCGUCACGCUUUACUUGUUGUCACGCACACUGACCACCUGGAGGAGGCGGGGCUUCACCGGUCAGACUACCUAACACAGACCAGCGAUUGGCUGAGAGCUCUGGCAGAAGAGGCAGGGGGAGGAGUCUCAUUCUUGGACAACAGCCGUGAUUGGCCGUCAAUCAGAGGACGACCGCUAAGAGACCGGCUGCUCCGCCUCUCAGCCGGGAACCAUCACAGAGCUCUGACGGUGAGGACGGAGGUCUCACUCUGACUGAACUUCAGAGGAACUACAAACGACUUUAACAAAAAAGUUUGUGUAAUUUAGUUUAGUUUAAGAAAAAGGAUCGUUUGAAGCAUGGACUUUAAAAAGAUUCUCCAACACACACUUUAUUAACCCUUUAUUUUGGGUUCUAGGUAUAACUCUUCGUUAUCGAAAGGUUCUACCAGGAACCAGAACCCUAUAUGGGUCUAGUUAGUACCUUUAUUUAAGAAAAGUAGGGUAAGGCUGAUCAAUACUCUCAGUUCUCAAACAUUACUUAUUCAAAGGAUGUAUUACAGUUUUAUUUUAGUCGACUAGUCAACAUAAAGGCAUCUCUGUGCUUUCUGCUUCAUGUUGUGUUUAUUUACAUAAAAUACUUGAAUAAAUAGUGUCUGGAGUUCAACUAUAGUGCUAACUUAAAGUCAUUAUAUAAACAACAACACUGAAGUAAACAGCUGAUUGUGUUUUACUUUUUUAUUCAAUAAACAACAGUGAUGAAAUCGUCUUUUGUCUUCCUCUUCUGUUAGCUAACGGCACUAGCUAGGCUGAUAACUAGCUACGUGAUUAGUGGUUGCCGAGGCUUUUCACAAUAAAAGUACAUCACAUCCUCAGCAGGUCUCGUCCCGUAUGAAGCGGCGUCUAUCUGAUGACGGCGUCGGUGAGGGUGGGGGUCCUGCACAGCCCCUUCCCCUUCACCUCGAACCCACAGCCUUUGUAGUUGGCCACGCCCCUUGAGUCUACCUGCAGGUCGGGCUGAAGAAGCUCCCAAAC